UUCAAAAUCUCUCGCAGAAAGACAAUGGGUUGCACGGCGGGACGGAUUGCUGGCUGACUCCCUCCUCACCCGAGGCUGGUGUUCACUUCGUCAAUCUCCGUGUGUGCCGAGCAGUGACGAAGCGCUCGGCUGCUGUAUAUAAACGGCUGGGACGCGUCUCGGCAGCACCAGGGACAGCGUCCCCGCACCCAUCCUCACACCAACACCGCGGCUUUGCCAUCAUCGCCCCGGUCCGUUCAACCGAAAGCCGUGUCGAAGAGGGAGGAGAGGAUGGAGCAGAAGAAGAAGGGGCGCGUUUCCCAGUCUCGGGUUUGUUUGUGGGUCACCCGGUUUUUUAUUAUGGCAGGUGUGAUCGUUUCCGAGGUGGCAGGACAGGACAGGCAGCUGCCCGUUUGUACAGAGUCGGAUUACCAUUACCAGUACACUGAAUGUGACAGUGUGGGCUCCAGGUGGAGAGUGGCAGUGCCUCACACCCCAGGAAUCUGCACAGGCCUGCCAGACCCAGUGAGGGGAACGGAGUGCUCUUUCUCCUGCAAGGCGGGGCAGUUUCUGGAAAUGAAGACGCAGUCCUGUAAAGAGUGUGUGGAGGGCACUUACUCCCUGGGGACGGGCGUGAGGAUUGAUCAGUGGGACACGCUCCCACCAGGAUUUUCAAACACUGCGUCAGACCCCAACGGGGAGUAUGCAGACGACAUGGCAAACUGCUCCAAUUCGAUAUGGCAACCCCAGGGAGAUUACAUUGCCUCUAACACAGACGAAUGCACCGCCACACUGAUGUAUGCUGUGAACCUCAAGCAGUCUGGCUCCAUCUCCUUUUCCUAUUUCCAUCCGGACAGCAGCAUUUUCUUUGAAUUUUUUGUUCAGAAUGACCAGUGCCAGUCUACUGCCGGACAAAGCAGGUGGAUGAAAAGCACGGAUAACGAAUGGGCUUCCCAUUAUCUUCAGUUGGGUCGUGGGAAUAAUGUGCUGUACUGGAGAACUACAGGGUUCUCAAUGGACACGAGCGAACCAAAGCCAGUCCUUGUUAAGAAUGUCAUCAUCACAGGAGUCGCAUACACGUCCGAGUGUUUCUCCUGCAGGCCUGGUACCUACACUUCCAAAAGGGGCUCCUCUGUCUGCAGUCCCUGUCCCAAGAACACAUACUCGAACAAGGGAGCCACAGUCUGCCAGCAGUGUGACCAAGACAAAUACUCCGAUACAGGAUCAGGGGCAUGCCAACAGCGCUCCCCUUGCACCCAGCAAGACUACUUCUACACACACACCCCUUGUGAUGCCAGCGGACAGACCCAACUUAUGUACAAGUGGAUUGAGCCAAAAAUCUGCAGUGAAGAUCUGAAAGGAGCAGUCAAGCUGCCAGCCUCCGGCGCUAAGAUCGCAUGCCCACCUUGCAACCCGGGCUUCUUCAAAACCAACAGCUCCAGCUGUGAGCCCUGUCCCUAUGGAUCUUACUCAAACGGAACAGAGUGUCGUAAGUGCCCCGCUGGAACAGAGCCUGUGCUGGGCUUUGAGUACAAGUGGUGGAAUCAGAUGCCAGCUAACAUGAGGAGUCUGGUUAGUGGAGAACACCGUGACUUUGAAGAACAAGUAGCGUGGGAGGCUGCUGGAGAGUACAUCUACACCCCUGCUAUGUCUGCUAACGAUUACAUGAUGCUGGUCUUGACUGUUUCUGGAUUUAGAUUGCCACAGCAUGUUGCAACAGACUCGGAGAACACAGAACUUGCAAGGGUAACGUUUGUCUUUGAGACAAAAUGCACAACUGACUGUCAAUUCUACUUCUUGGCGGGUGCAAAUGAAAGAAGCAACACUCUUGUGGAGCAGUGGAGCCGCUCCAAGGAAAAGCAGUCUUACUCCUACAUUGUGAACUCAAACUCUACUGUCAUCUUCACGUGGGCUUUCCAGAGAGCCACAGGCUUUUCAAACGAAACACGAUACAAUACUGAUGUUGCCAAGAUCUACUCUAUCAAAGUGACCAAUGCCAUCAAUGGGGUGGCCUCAAGCUGCCGCCACUGCGCUCUGGGCUCCUCAAAGACAGCAUCUUCAUGUGUGCCCUGCCCCUCUGGACACUACAUAGAGAAGGACAGCAGUGCCUGCCGCCAGUGUCCCCCAGACACGUUCCUGAGCCGUGAGCACCCCUACGGAGAGGAGGCGUGCGUUCCCUGUGGACCGAAGACACACAGCAACGCGAUGCGCUCCACUUGUUUCAGCGACUGCAAGUUUGACUUCCGUGACGGUGAGCGGACGCUGCAGUACGACUUCAGUCAUCUCCCCAACAGAACCACCUUCAACAGCGGACCGAGUUUCACCCCCAAAGGACUCCAGUACUUCCAUCAGUUCAGCGUGAGCCUUUGUGGAAAUGAGGGUAAGAAACUGGCCUCCUGCGUCGACAACGUCACCAGCACCAGGACAGUGAGCUCUUACGCAUGCCAGUCUACCAUCGUACCUUCCGAUUUGAGGGGUGUGAAGACGGUAGUGUCCUCGCAGCCCAUCAGCCUCGCAGAUCGGCUCGUAGGGGUCACAACUGAAGCCGUGCUCGAGAACAUCACCUCUCCUGCUGAUCUGUUCCCUACCAAAAGCAGGAUACCUGAUGUCAUAUUCUUCUACAGGUCUUCCGAAGCAACCCAGUCUUGUAAGAAGGGGCGAGCUACCACGAUAAGAAUGAGAUGUGACACAGGGGGAUCUGCAAGGCUUUCAGUGCCAAGCAAAUGCCAGGAAGGAACCUGCGAUGGCUGUGCCUUCCACUUCCUUUGGGAGACGGAAGACGCCUGCCCUCUGUGUUCAGAGAACGAUUACCACCAGAUCAUGAGCGCCUGUAUCCAGGGAAUACAGAAAAUGACCUACGUGUGGCGCGAGCCCCGCCUGUGCACGAGAGGAGCUGCUUUACCCGAGCAGGCAGUGAACGCCUGCAAGACGCUGGACUUCUGGCUGAAGCUGGGGCUGUCCACCGGAAUCAUUGCAGCUCUUUUACUGGUGAUGGUGUCCUGUUACUUCUGGAAGAAAACACAAAAGUUAGAGUACAAAUACUCCAAGCUCGUGAUGAACUCCAGCCUGAAGGACUGUGAGCUGCCAGCUGCGGACAGCUGUGCCAUCAUGGAGGGAGAGGAUGGGGAGGACGAUUUGAUACUCUUAACCAAAAAAUCCAUUUUCGGGAAGAUCAAGUCAUUUAGCACCAAGAGGACAUCAGAUGGGUUUGACUGUGUUCCCUUGAAAUCCUCCUCAGAACACAACGACGUGGAAUUAUAGACUCUGCCAUCACCUCUGUGCUCUCACAGGGAACACACUGCCUGUGUGUGUGAAUAAUACAAUGACAAGGGGAGAUCUCAACUGGCCUUGCAUCUUAUAAGUGACCUUACGUGUUUACACUUUGGUGACACGCGUCUUUUUUCUAUUUUUUUUCUAUAACUUUUUAAAACUUUCAUUAAAAGGGAACAUAAAUCCUUAAAACCUUAAAGUAUAAAAAAAAAUUAUUUAUAAGUCCUGGGAUCUAGAGGCAGACGACCAGAGAUGUGCUCAGAAGAUUUCAUAUUUCAAAUCCGAAAAAAGGGACUACAUUAUCGGUAACAGGAAUGCUGUCAUGUGAGAUGCUAAAAUCAAAGUGCUUUUUACAAUAGAGGGGUCCUUUUUCCUGUUUGUAGUGCUUUAUUUUAGUUCUUUUAGUAAUGUGAAUGAACUGACAGCUCUGAAUAGUGCAGAAGAAACCCCUGUGCUAUACCAGAUCAUCUUUUACAUGUGCUUUGACAGGCAGAAAACCUGCAUGUGAGGUUCUGUACAGGUUUAGUCUUUUUUUUGUAUCUGUUUUUCCCUGAAGUUAUUAAUUAAUGUAUGGGCUGUGUUUAUUUAGUAGCUAUGAUGCCAGCCUAUUUGUUAGCAUUUGUUUCUGCUUGUGUUAUCCAGAGCUUCAAAACGCCCAGUCAGGGAGGAGAAUGUUUCAGCCAGUCCUUCAGUACAGUAAAAAACCCAAACCUUUGUCUAUUUGACUGUAUGUCUUAAUAGUCUUUUUCUUUAUGCAUUCAGUGAUUUAUACAAAGGGAGGUAUGUUAGCAGGAGAAUGAGGCUCUUGCAUUCAGACAGUAAGACUCUUGAGUCAUAUAAAUAAUUAGCACAGCUUUGCCUGCAGGACUUUUCCUUCCUGGAAAAUCUCAGGGCUGUUCUUCCUGGAAACUGUACAUAGAUUCCAGCUCUUACUGUGUAUAUAUAUUAUACACAAUCCCUAUCGUCAUUGUUUAAAACAUCAGUAUAAAUUUAAAGAGACUGUAUUCUUAUAAAAUGGUCUGUUUAAAUCUUCAAUGUAAAGCCGAUAUUUAUUCAGGGGCUAACCCUGCACUGUGUAACCCUUUGCAAUGGAUUUCACUGCAGCCUAAUAUUAGCUUUUAGAUGUACGAAUGUAUUUUUUGAUGUUGAAAUGAGUUUUAUUCCAUUUUUUAAUACUGCGUUGAAAUAUCUUGACACAGAAAAGGGUUGUUAUUUUCUGUGGAAGAUGAAGCUUGUUUUUUUUUUUUUUUGCUGGGAAAAUAAAAUACUUAUUUACACUU